CUCUUCCAUAAAAACAAGAUCUGCUAAUGCAAUUUACAUUCUGACUUUAAAACAUAAAGCACAAUUUUCUUUACACCUCCAUACGUGUCUUAAGACUAUACUACCAAUUUAAUUCAGUAUAUUUUUGGUAACUGAUAUUCAAAAUAUUUGGACGAUAGUGAGUUUGUAGUGAGCAGUGUAUUGUCUAAGUCGUGUUUUGAAGUUUUUAAAAUUAUGGCAGUUUCGUGUGAAAUACUAAUCGCAAGGACUGAAGAUGAUGUUUUCAAACCAGGUGAUCUAGUGACGGGAACUAUUAAAUAUUACAUAGACGAACCAACGAAGUUUGAAGGAAUAUCUAUGAAUUUUCUUGGCAAUGGAAAUUGUUGGUGGACAAAGACAGAAGGUGGUGCAAUUAACGUUGGGAAUAGUGAAACUUACGUGAAUCAAAGCAUUUGUUUCUAUACAGGAAAGAGUGGUGAAGAACUAUCAGGAACAUAUGAAUAUCCAUUCCAAUUCUUACUACCUAUUAACAUACCAUCGUCUUAUAAAGAUGGUAACUGCGUGAUAGCAUAUAAAAUCAUCGUGACAUUUGUAAGGACAACCAGACGAGAACAAUUUGAGGCAGAGAUCCCCGUCCAAGGAUAUGUAACCACAUCAGUUCAAGAACCAAUGUUAUUUGGUUUACAGAAGAAACUGUUUCCUGUAUUCACUGACAGUAAAAUAGCCCUAAGAGGAGAGUUAGAAAACGUAGCAGUAACACCUGGUGAAAAUGUCAAUUUGACUAUUAAAAUUAACAACGAUUCAAAUAAUGAAAUAUUUGUUAGAACUGAAUUAAUAAAAUGUUUUACAUUAAUGUCGAAUCAUGGGGAAACCAGUGCUAAUAUUAUACUAGUACCUAAUACUACCACUGGGAGUAAUAUAGAGAAAAAUUCUGAGCAAAGUAUUAAGUGUGCUGUACCUACUUUUGUAAAUUUAUUUUCUAUACAAAAUAGUAAUAUUGUCAAAGGAGAAUAUAAAGUGAGAGUUACUAUUGAAAUGCCUUUUCCUUAUAAAGAUGCAACUGUAGAUGUACCUGUGGUUAUUGGAAAAAUAAUAGGUGGGGUUAUUGCACCUGAUCCAAUGAAAAAUGAACAUUGUGAUGAAGAGAAAUAGAACAGAAUUUUAUUUGUACCUUGUUGAUCUAUUGUAUAGUUUAUAGACUGAUUUUGUUAUUUCAAUGUUAAAGACGUAGAAGAUAAAUUAAAAACGAGUACUUUUUAUAACAAUUUUUGUUACCAAAAGUCCUUUCGUGCCGGAUUUUUUUUCACUAAAAAUCCCUCAGUGCUUAAAACCAGGAUGGUUAAUCAAUGUGUGUUGCGAGUGAUGACAUAUGGUACUGAGACGUGAUCCCUGACUUCAACUUGGCUUCCUAACUUAGAGUCACGGGGUUUCCUUGUACGACAAAAUCCGAAAUAUGGGUACUGGACCAGGAAAGUGUUCGAGUUACUACCACGGAUGGGGAGACGAAGGGUGCGCAAGCAGGGGUGUAACGACGACAUCGCCAGAGUCGCGGGGAUCCAUUGAAAGCAGUUGGCUUGCUGUCAUUUGUCGUGGAAGUCUAAGGGGGAGGCCAUUAUCCAGCAGUGGACAUCUUCUGACUGUUGGUGACGCUGAUGAUUUUUUGAAAAUGUAGGAAGAAACAAUUAGGUAAUAAAAGGCUGAUGAGUGAAAUGUAUAUUAUUAUAUUUUAUACGUAUAAACAUUGUAUAAUAAUAUGAACUUAUUAAUAUUAGUAAAGAAUAUUGUAUUUUU